UACCAAACCUCACGUUACCCUAAAGUCCCAUUUUACUUGUUUUCCUUUGAAAUCAAACAUCAAAAACAACUUGCAUUUUCACACCAUACCCCAAAAAGAAGAAACCAUGAAGAGAAGCUUUUCCAAUAUAGAGGUUGAGAAUAAUUUAUCUUUGGCAAAUUGUUUGAUGCUCCUUUCACAAGGAGGAAACAAAUAUGAACUUGCCAUGGACAAUAGUAUCCCUACCCGGGUUUUCGAGUGCAAAACAUGCAAUCGACAAUUCCCUUCGUUUCAAGCUCUAGGGGGUCACCGAGCGAGUCAUAAGAAGCCUAAGUUGACGGAGGGAGAUGCCGGGACGGAGAACCAUCCACCGGCUAAGCCUAAGACACAUGAGUGUUCGAUUUGUGGACUCGAAUUCGCGAUCGGGCAAGCGUUGGGGGGACAUAUGAGGAGGCAUAGGGCUGGUUUGAGUGAAAACCAGCAUGGUCCUUUGAGUUCGUCUGAUGAUCCAGCGAUGACACCAAUUGUGAAGAAAUCUAAUAGCAGAAGGAUUUUGUGCUUGGAUUUGAACUUGACUCCUUCGGAGAAUGAUCUGGAAUUGUUUAAGCUUGGCAAGGCAGCUCAACCAAAUAGAUUGUUUCUUGUAAACUCUUCCUUCUAAUUCUAGCCACAUAGCUUUUUUUUGAGGGGGAGGGAGGGUUUCUAGUAUCAUUUGCUAUUUGUUCAUUAAUUUAAUUACAGAUAGAGAUAUGAUAUAUAUACAUCACUAUAUUUCAUUUUCUUUUUAAA